GCUGCUGGUUGCUUUACAAAGGUCAGCAUACAAAGGUCAGCGAAUGCCAACCAUGCACACCACACACACGCCCCUUUGACAUUUCUACUACAUUGUUGUUCUCUUAUCUUUAAUUUGUUUCUUCUCUAUCUCAAUUCUAUAAUUCUUCUUGUGUAAAACGGAACAAAACCAUAACCAUCCUUUUCUUCCUUUUGUUUGGUUGGAGAAGGAACUCUUUCUGCUGCAUUUUCUGAAUUUCUGAUUCCUCGGCUCUUUCUCUAGACUCUCUACUUUAACUUUAGCUUUGUUGUUUGUCUGUCAACGCAAAACAAAAAGAAGAAGUUUCCCCACAUCUCCUCUCUUCUUCAUCCUCAAUUCCUCUUUUUCUCUUCUCUGCAAUUCAACUUUACUCUCACAACCCACACGCACAUACACACACUCUCUAAAAAGAAAUCAAAAGAGAGUUGAAAAAAAGAAAAUCACAAAUCACAUCCACAGUAGUAUAAAAAUCAAAGAUGUGGUUCUCAUUCUUUCUCAAGGAGAAAUAGAGAAUCAGCCAAUUAGUACUAGUGGUGAAUUUAGUGAGUAGAAAAGAGAAGGGUAGUAGUGCAAAUCAAUCUCAUCAGAUCAUCAUCAUCAUCAUCAUCAUCAAACAGCAGCACCAUCAUUCUUCUCACUCUCUGUCUCUCCAUUCGUCAGAACAGAGCCUCCUUUCUGGAUCCCACUCUUUCAUUAAUUUACAAACAGACAAGAAGAAACAACAAACGUUUUUCUUUUUUCUUCCUCUCUUGUUUUUCGCGUCUCAGACUAAUACUACUACUACUUCAUUACCAAACACCAUUAGCUAAUCAGAGAGAAGAAAUCACUUGAUUGUUUCAUCUUCUCAUUCAAUUUUAUUCUCUGGGUUCCAAAGAUUUGAUUUUUUUUUCACUCUAUAAAGGUUUCAUCCUAUUCUCCCCAAUACAUAAUCCAGAAAGACAAAGUACAGAAACAUGGUGAUUGAGCAAGCCCAGAGCAAGAAGAGGAAGUAUAAUCAUGAAGAAAAUGAUCGGAUGAUGGGUUUUUCAAUUGAAGACCAAUUGAAUCAAGAUUUGCUAGAAAAAGUACUUUCAUGGCUACCAACAUCAAGUUUCUACCGUUCACGUUCAGUGUGCAAGAGAUGGAAUUCAGUUGCAGAGUCUGCAUCUUUCAGGCUUGCUUGUCAACAAGUCCCCACCAGGGAUCCUUGGUUUUUCAUGGUUCAUAAUUCUCACCUUGAUCAAUCAACUGUAUUCGAUACUUUACAAUCGAACUGGAAACAUCUUAACAACAAGCGCCCAAGGCGUAAUCGAGCAAUCGAACAACAAUCAAUUGUGUCUGCUGAUAGCAGCAUCAGCAAUGAUUUGAUUCCUGUGGCAGCUUCAGGUGGUUUGGUCUGUUUCCGGUCAACAGGUUCCUGUGCAUUUGUCGUGUCCAACCCGGUCACUGGUGCUUCUCGAGAGCUUUCUGCGUUGCCUGCAACAGCGCAGAAUCAAAACAUUCAUGCAAUUGCUAUGAAUUCAUCUUCCAGGCAAUCUUACAGACUAGUGCUAGUCUCGGGUGAGCUACCGAAUCUUGCGGUCAGUGUGUACGAAUCGGGGAAAGAUUACUGGGAAGAAGAGAUUAAGCUAAAGAGUCAGAAGGCAGAGGGGAAGGCGGCUGACGGAGGAGAGGAAGACGAUUCGACAGAAGCUACGGGUGGUGGUGGCGGAGAUGAAGUGCUUUAUUUCCUUAGCAAGACUGGAGAUGUGGUGGCAACUAAUAUGCAGAGAAGUCCUUCGAAGCAGUAUUCAUCGGUCAUAACCGUUAAAAAUGGCGAAGAGAUUAUUUACUUUCUCAGCUCAUCUGGAACUGUCGUAGCGUGCAACCUUGUUAAAGAGACAUUCUUCGAGUACCCAAGGAUGUUGCCAGUUUGUUACGAGUACUCAAUCGAUGUGGUCGAGUGUAGAGGCGAAAUGUUGGUAGUUGUCUUGUCAGAGUUCCUCGAAACUGCAAGUCUCAGAGUGUGGAGAUUUUCCGAAGAAGAGAAAGAAGAGAAGGAUCGAACCUGGCGUCAGAUUGCGGUAAUGCCUCUGUAUAUGUCGCACGAAUUGUAUGGAAAGAAGGCGGAUAUCAACUGUGUGGGUUCAGGUGAUGAGAAACUGAUGAUAUGUGUGAAUUCGAGUAAGGUUAGCAGGUACCUGAUAUGUGAUCUGGAGACGAAUGGCUGGACUGAAUUGCCCAAGUGCGUCGUGGAUGGAAAGCCGAAGGAAUUCAUGUCUGCAUUCUCUUUCGAGCCUCGAAUUGAAGCUUGUGUAUGAGAAGAGAUUGGACUCUGAUGAUUUUAGAGAUUGUGUGGAUUGAUCUGUGUUUGUAGGUUUCGUUAACGAUUUAUUAGUCCCGGACUAGUGUGCCGCGGCUAUUCUUAAUUUUUAUUGUUGAUCAUUGUUUCAGAUUGAAAGCACAAUUUCUUCGGUGGAGCAAUGUGAAUUUUCUCAUAUUAUAAUCUGAUAAUAUUUUCAUUUUUCUUA